AAUCGUGAAAUAAAUCGCCUGAUAUUACUGUAAUAUUAAUAAAUCACACGUAAAUAUUAUAUGCAAUUAUUACUGUUUCAACAACAAAAACCAAGUGCACUCUUUCACUAGAAAGUAAGGAAUCUCUACAAUGACGUUUUCGGUCCUAAACUUUCAAAAUAAACAAUAGUCGCCAAGAGAUUGGAUGGGACGGGGGAUUACAAAAACAUGAUGUGUCAAUAGUGUCACUCUGCGAAGGAGGGGGCUCGUUUGAGAGAAACAAAAAGCCUCCGCUGGCAAUCGGUGGAUUUUGGUGGUUCACAGAAAGUAGCGUAAGCUAAAUCAUUCAUUCGUGUCGCGAACGCUUAAGGGACAAGCUGUGUGGUGUUGUGCGUGCAAAUUAUCUUUUAGUUGUUCCAAACGCGAGAAAUUUCAUUUUUGUUUCGCCUUCAUUUCUCGAGAUUCUUUCCAAAAAACACUCACCUUUUUCGUUUUUGAUUUACCUUUACUUGGCGAUUAAAAUAUUGCAGUUAAGACAAAUUAUAUCACACGGGUUUUAGAAAUUCCUGUUUUGAGAAUUUAAACAAUUAUAAUUUUUGUUUAUUUUCACGAUUUCAAGUUAUUUCGGUUUUUUGUGCAGUUUUGACAACUAAGCGAAAUUUAAAACGUAAAAAGUUCAUGCAAUUUAGAGAAAUUAGUUUUUCUCUUAAUUUGUUUAAAAUUUUUGUUUGUUGUUAUUGUGGUUGAGAGAGCGAGAAUUUUGUAUUGUUUGUUAUUCCGCGUGAUUUUGAAUUAAAUUUAUAAACAAAAGAAAAUGCAGUUCUUUGGCGGAAUCGAAGGUGGUGCAACCCACUCUUGUUUGGUAAUUUGCAAUGCUGACGGGGAGUGUGUAGCAAAGACAACUGGCCUGGGUACCAAUCACUGGAUGCUUGGAAUUCCGGAAUGCGCUCGACGAAUAGCCGACAUGGUUAAUCGAGCAAAGUCAGACGCUCAAAUACCAAAUGAUACACGUUUGUCCAGUUUGGGUUUGAGCUUGAGUGGCUGCGAACAGGAAGCCACAAACCAGAAACUUGCAAGGGAAUUAAAAGAGUCUUUCCCAGACCUUGCUGACAGCUAUGUUGUUUGUAGUGAUACAGUGGGCAGUGUGUUUACCGCAUCACCAAUUGGUGGUCUAGUUUUGAUCUCGGGAACAGGAUCAAAUGCCUUGCUACGCAAUCCAGAUGGAACAUCGUACUCAUGCGGUGGAUGGGGUAAUUUCCUUGGGGAUGAAGGCAGUGCCUGGUACAUCUCCUACAGAGCCAUGAAAAUAGUAUUCGACGAUGUUGAUAAUUUCGAGAAAGCAAAGUAUCCAACUGACAAAGCAUGGGAACUAAUCAAGCAACACUUCAACGUUAAGACUCGUUUGGAUCUAUUGGAUCAUUGCUAUGCCAAAUUCGAUAAGCCAUUCUUUGCAAGUUUAUGUCAAAAGCUAUCCAAAGCCGCAGAUGAAGGUGAUGCCCUCUGCCUUUUCCUAUUCCAAGAAGCUGGUCAUCACCUGGCCCGGAGUACAAUAUCCUUGCUUCCAAGAGUCCAUGAGGAAUUGGUUAAGAGUGGUGAUCUUCAUAUUGUUUGUGUUGGAUCGGUUUGGAAUAGUUGGCAUUUGAUGCGUGAAGGAUUUCUCCAUGAACUCCGUAAGAUUCCUCUCAACUACGGUGUAAAAUUUGUCAAAAUAACCAAGUCGAUGGCAUUCGGAGCCGUGUACAUUGGAGCCGAUGGUAUAAAUUUUAAACUUCCACGAAACUACUCGGACAACUACAAGGUUAUGUUCCAUUACACCAAUUCACCAAUUAAGAACGGUAUUGCAAAUGGUCAUUCGAAUUUAUGAAGGCUCAAUUCCUAUAGAUUUUUAUAGAGACCUCUAUUGCAUUAAGUUCUUCACUCAGGCGAUUGACCAAUGUGAUGAAGGCCAAUUUAUCUAAUUUUUUUUGUUUGUUGUUAUAUAUAUUUUCUUCUUUUUAAUUAAUUGUAUAAUUGAUUAAGUAAUUAUCUAUAGUUAAAUAGUAGGUAAAUUAAAUAAAUAAAAUCUUUACAUUUACAUACAUUUAUGUAUACAUAUACUUAUGUAGAAUAUAUACAUAUGUAUUUUGAUACGAAAAAAUCCUUUAAUGUAAAAUCUAUAAUAUCAGAACUAAGGUCCAUACAGAGCUAAUGAAAAUAAAAAUAUUUGUAUAUUAACUGUUAAUAUAAUAAGUUAAAACAUGA